AUGAACAUUUUGACGAGUAAUGAUAUCUUCCUAGACCUAAUAUUUUUAAACUGCUGCAUAGAAUUUAUAGAUCCACUUGGAAUUGCGUUAUUUUUCUGACAUGCAGUUAUUGGAAACUUUAACCGUUUAAUUCUUCUUCCAGGACACCGCGCUAGAAAUGAAGAACGAGAAAUGCAUCAUUCAUACGAGCCCUAUGUUCCACCAUUGGACAGACUGACAGAGCUGGACAUGAGGCGAAACAACUUCGGCCCAUUCACAGAACUGCAACCUAACACAUUGCAACCGUUACUACCAAGCAAAAUGCCCACAGAUACUUCGUCAUCGUUUGGCCUACCUGGAGGUAAUUAUCAAUAUUUUACAUUGGCAUAGAACGUCUUGAAAGCGAGUUCUAGUGUAUAAUUUGUUAUCAAAAAUAAAAUUAGCAUAGAGAAUAUAUUCUAUGUAGAGAAUAUUUUUUUCUAAAUUACGAUAAAUUGAUCAUUAGUGAAUCCAAUUAGCAUGCAAUUAAUCAUCCAAUCACUAUAUCCUUUGCCAAAUAUGUUGCUUUGUAUUCGCCGACAAUUGCUUCUAAAUAAUAAUAAGUAGAUAAGUAGUGAAGCUUAAUUAUUAGUCAGAGAUCCGGAAAAAAAUACUCUCUAUUUAAGGAAGUACGCAGAUCCGGAAACUCAAUACGAAUCUUCCAGCCGUCCCUGAGCCACCUAAAUGUUGUUUGCGAUUAAAAACUGCUGAAUCAUUGGGUUGGGCAAAUUCGAACAUCGCCUGCAUUUUUUUUACACAAUCAAGUUGCCAUUAAACAACUUAGGAUACAUGAGUUCAAAGUUGAUUCAUUAAUUCCUACAAAUAUGAGCUUGAGGCUUGUAUACGUACGUGCACAAAAUAUUCGUGACUCAAUAUUUUUUCAAUUUUCCUUUUAGAAUUGCAAAGAGCUCAAUCUUCGUGGCCAAGUUUUCAUACUAUUCAAAACCUGGUGAAUCCAGCAUCAAUGAACAAUCACGUGGCAGACAACAGCUUAAUGUACAAUAAUCUACCGCAAAACCUCAUUCCCUCGCCAAAACAAACACCUCUACUUUCAGCUAUGAAUGGCGAUAACAUGUCUCCCCUAUUCCCACAAAUGUUCAGUUCUGAAACGCGAUACCCAAGCAGCUCGCAGUACCCGUAUCGCGUGAAUCCUUCGUCAUCUCCCGUGAGUACCGCGAAUGUGACGUCACCAUCCCUGGGUUUGUUCUCGACCAAUACGGGACUAGAUGUUAAUCAGAAUGUCGUGAAUGGAGGACUUACACAUAUGGCUAAUAAUAUGAACAUGUUAAAUAAUCAAGUGACAUCAUCAAUGGUAACCAAUGGAUUAUACACAACGACAACAACAGCGCUUAACGACCACGAUCUUCUAAAUCACGUGACAUCAACCACGCCCAAAGGCAUGUACCAAAACCCGUCCCAUACCUCUGCCAACGCGCUGUCUCUUACCCAAUCUACAGUAUAUUCAAAUAUUGGCAACACAUAUCCUCUGCUGAGACCAGCUUCGUCUCUUAUGAAUUCACCCCUUGGCCUACACGAUGUUGGCAGCGUGAAACUGCCAUCUGGAAACGGGGUUACUUAUACAGACCUGACUAAUUCAACUACGAACAUUAAUGGUUAUGCGUAUUCACCAAAGGAUGACGCUCAUAGUGAUCUAAGCAAAGUCUCAGAUGUUAUGAAUCAAAUUGAUGAUCUGAACCAUGCACGCAUCAAACUCGAAACCGAGGCUGUACGAAGUACAUCACCCAAAGUGUGGCGGCCAUAUUGACUAACCGACAACUGUUACGAGACAUUGAACUCCAUAAAUAACUGGACACUACGUUGUGCGUGAAUUAGACUAUAGAUUAAUGUAGUCGUUGUGCUCAAUGAUGUAUCUAGGAAUGAAAAGUCGCAGAUAUAAGAUUGUCUAUUCUCACAUGAAUUGAGACUUUCAUGAUCAUGUUGUCAGGCUGAUCGUCUUUAUCUCUGCAACUCUUCAUCCAUCCAUCAUUCCAGGUUCUUUAUAGAGAUCAAUGUCUUUUUGACAACAAAAGGAACAAUUAGAACACAUUAAAACGAUUUAAUUUAUCGCAAAUAUUUAUUUGUAAUAUAAUUUAUGUAAAUUAUGCCUUACUAUAUAAGAGUUUAAAGAGUUUUUAAAACAUGUAAUUAUAUGCAGUCCUUUGGACGAAAUGUGGAGACAUUAAUUAUAUAAAUUUGGUCGUCUUACGAAAAAGGCGACCUGUAGUAUAUUAUUGUAAAAAGAUAUCUAUACAAUAUUGCAUGCAUCAUCUCCAAAUGUAAAUGUUCUUUUACGAAACUCUUUGGAGUUAAAUGAUCUUUUAUUAAAUAGAUCUAAAAUUACUGGUUUGUGUGGAAAUAUUUUGGGCGAAAAUGUGGAACAUUUUAUGGGGAAGCACAGCCCAGAUUUGUAAUCGAACAGUAGGUUUUAAAUACUUUAUUUGUGCAUGUUUUUUAUGAAGAAUUGUGGCAUCAUGUAGCCUUGCAAAAUUUUAUAGCUUUCAUCCUUUUUGUGCAAAAAUCGGUGGGGGGGGGGGGGGGGGAAAUCUGAAGCUAAUUAGGACCGCGACUGGCCAGUGGCAGUGGUAAUUACCAUGGGAAGUUGGAGAUGAAGGCAGUUCGAAAUCCGAAGUGCCUUCAUCUUGAGCGUGCAAAAAAUAAAGUUUACAGUUCCUUUAGAAGACCAUUCUUGACAUAGCAAACCAUUUAAUUAUUCAGUUUAUUUUAGAUAUAUAUACAUAAUACAAUAAUAUUUAUAUCCCCAUUCAAAGUUGAUUAAAAAAUUUGGUCAUGCUAUGCAAAUUUUAAAUCAUCAUCAUUAAUUUCUUUCGAAAUUGAUUUUUUCACUGUCUAUGAACACGGAAAUAUUUGCAUGGCAUGACCAAAUUGUCGGGCUGGCUACGCCAAUGUCAGGUGGUCAACUGUAAUCGACAUUCACAAGAGCAAGUAAAUGAAACUUACUCAUUUCUAUCCAAUGGUCCUCAAAUGCAAGACUACUUAAUAUAGUGGGAAAAAAUAUAUACGAUUUUCUCACUGGCAAAAACUGUAAGUUUAUCACCAUCCACUGGUGCUUAGCGAAACCCAGCUAUAAUAUUGAAAGACAAUCAAACUUGAAACAACCAUCACAUAAAAUUUUAAAGGAAAACAAGUGUUCAAAACACUAUGACCAGCAUUCCGUUCAACUAUGCUAGGUUUUGUCGAGGAUACUCCUGUUGUCGAAGAAACUGUAGCGAUAGUCGUGCUCGUCGUUUUCCGUGCGCACGUUUUGAAUUUUUUCCGAGAAUUUGGCGCGUGGCUGGUGGGCAUUGGGACCGAGGAUGAAAAAUUUCGCAAAAUUUCGUCUCCAGGUUCCAGCGCGGUCGUGGCGGGAAUUUCGCCGAGUCGCGAAGUGGAAUUUUUAUUUUCGUUCAUGGUUGGAGUUUUCGUUGCUUUUGUUGGCGAAAUUGUGGUGGGUAACUUUAUCUUCUGGGCCAUCAUGUCGUUUGAAAGCAAAGGUAAGGGCUCAGUGGUCGUUGUUGUUUCUUCUUUUGGUGAUUCAAGAGUUGAGCAUUCCGAGGGUGACGACACUGCAAAAUAGAACACGCGAAUAUUGCAAAUUUUGUGCCUAUUUUGUGCGUUGUAUUUAUAGCAUAGAAUAGAAUAGUUUUGAAGUCUUAGUACAAAUAAAAAGUUACUUAAAGAGGCGGUGAAGUCCGUUACAUUUUGAAAACAUUAUAUUCAUAUUGAGAGUUUCAAAUUAGUAUAUUUAGAGUUUCAAAUUAGUAUAUUGAGAGUUUCAAAUUAGUAUAUUUAGAGUUUCAAAUUAGUAUAUUUAGAGUUUCAAAUUAGUAUAUUUAGAGUUUCAAUUUUGAACAAUGUCGAAACAACACGAAAUUUGGAUAUUGUUUUACAUCAGAGGAACCUCGCAUAGCCCAUGUGCAGAACAGACUUGACCUCAUCUUUAAUUUAGAGCACAGUGAAAUGCCUAUUUGAAAAUAUUACUCGUACACAACUACAAAUCCAGUGAAGCUACUAUUCGAUUUCAAACUGUUAUUAUUUGUCAAAGAAAAGUUCGUUUUCACAAAAUUCCACAUGCCAAAAUGUUGUUGCAAGAGUAUAAACACACAAAUUUGGCUAAUGUUGUAACUUCAUUCUUUUAAAUUGGAAUGAAUAUUUACAAUAGACAAAAUUGUUUAUAUACAAUGGACAACUAGCUUGCAUGUUAAACUAAAUUUUAAUCUAAGUAAAGAGAAGGGAAUCAAACAAAUAAACUUGGAAAAUAUAGCCUUGCAAAGUUACCAAAUUUUGUAUAUAUUUGUAUUACGUGCAGAAAUUGUUACCAUUUUUGGCUCAAAAAUGGUAACAAUUUCCGCACGCAAUACAAACAUACUGAAAAUAUGCAAACUUUGCAAAGCUAUAUUUUCUGUAUUUUACAACAUUUCGUAACCAAGUUCUUUGUAUGUUUGCAUGGCGAUAAAACAUAUAAUAGUUUUGUUUGCGGAAACAAAAAUUUAAUAAAUUAUUAAUUAAUAAUUAUUAUUAUUAUUAUUAAUAAUAAUAAUAAAUAAUUAUUAUAAAUAAUUAUUAUUUAAUAAUGAAUUUAAUUUAUUAAUUUUUUAUUUUUUAAAAUUUAACCCCCCUACCUGCUUUGGGUAUUGUCCAUACACUUCCCCCUCUGGACAGCAGAAAUUUUGUCAGUUGGGGAGGGGGGAGUGUGGAUCUUUUCUGGAACGAAGUAAUAUAUCAUUAUUUGUUAUAUAAAGUAUAAUGCUUUAUAGAGAUUUCGAGCACUGAUAAAAGUGAUAAUCUCACAUGUGAGAUUAUUCAUGAUAAUCUCACAUGUGAAAAUUAUCGCUUUUCAAUUAUCGCUUUUCUGUAAAAAAUAUUGCUUUUCAAAGACUGUCCUUUAUAUAAUAAACAGAAAAAUACAUGGGUGCUUGGAAAUACCAGAUUUAUUUCUCGUGUUGAACAUGAUAUAUCACUCGUUCGCUGCGCUCACUCAUGAUAUAUCAUGUUCAACACUCGAAAUAAGUCUGAUAUUUCCGCGCACCCAUGUAUUAUUCUCUAUUUAUAAAACGCAAUAAAAUACCCACCACAGUCAUAUGACAUCACAACAAACUUAAAUGCUCUCUCACAAUAUGGAGAAAUGUCUGUAUUCUUUUCGAAUAGUAUACAGUCUUUCGUUUCUCCAUUACAUUUCUCAAAGAUAUACUUUUUCACCAACUCCACACUGCAAUUGCUGUUUGGUGUUGCAUCUGGGACCUCAGGACACAUAUAACGUCCGCUUGUGCCAAUCUGAUCAAUACUCUUGAUACAAAUCAUGGCCUUUUCUCCUGUACAUGUCAUGUUAUUUAUGAAAUUGUCACAAGCCACAAAGUCUGCAAUAAAAAUAACGAUAACCACUCAUAAUUAUUGUAUAACAAGUCAAGAAGUUGAUUUCUAGAGUUGGAUGUUCAAAACGCUAUAAGUUAUAAUAUAACUGUAUGUGCUUAUAAGCUUGGAGAAAUUUGUAAUGUGAAAAUUUACCGAAAUUACUGGAAACAUUCUGUAAUUGCAACUCACGUACUUCAUUUGUGAAGAAAACCUUGGGUUGAUGACUAUAUAUAUAUAUAUAUAUAUAUAUAUAUAUAUAUAUAUAUAUAUAUAUAUAUAUAUAUAUAUAUAUAUAUAUAUAUAUAUAUAUAUAUAUAUAUAUAUAUAUAUAUAUAUAUAUAUAUAUAUAUAUAUAUAUAUCAUAAGCCAGGCAAAAAGUUUUCCAUUGCAAAAAUUAGUACGGAAAACUUGUCAACCAGUCUGGAAAAAAUUUCAAUUGAAAAAUGUUUCAAGGAAAACUCUUAUGCACGGGAUUUUAUGCCAACCGCUAUAUUUUAGUAUACAUGGUUGUGGAAAGAAAAACUGAUUGACUAUAGUCUAUACACCAAGUUGUCUGGAAAAGGUUUCCACUGAUUGGAAAACGCCGUCUGGGAAAACUUAUUCAGCCUGUAUCAUAAUUAGCCACACACCUUCUGCCUUGGCAGUAUCAAUACUGCUUAAGACCACCAAGACUUGAAUGACAACAUGUCCACUUGUACAAAACUGCGCUCUCAUCUUCAGCACUUGAGAACUUAAGCAAGAUUCCGAGCUGUGUGCUUAAAUUCGCAUCUGUUUCUUAAAUUAAAAGACAAACACUAAAAACGUUUAACGCGUUUUAAAGAGAUCGGAACGGCUGAUAAAUACGGAACCACUAGCUAAAUAAUAAAACAUUUUCAUGAGAUACUUUGGAAGAUAACUUGUUUUAACUAAAAACGCUUUUCUUAGAUGUUUAUAUUAUAUAUAUUCGAUGUUUUAAUGUUUUUUUUGUGACGUUAACGUUUUUUUGAACAAAGUUUUAAUUACACGCGUUUAUUUGUAAUUUGCAAAAAUUUCUAUCCACGUUUUUCAGACAUUGUUUAUUAAAAACAUUUAUCGCAUUAGGACGUUUGACUUUAUUAGUUUUUUUUGCGGUCACGAUCCGCACCGUCGCGUUGAUACUUAAAACUAAAAAGUUAUUUUUUUAUUGUCAAUUGAUUACGAAAGAUAAUUUCUUUACGUCAGUGUAUAGAAAGGGCUUGGCAUGUGGCAUGAAUUUGUUAGGAUGAAAAAUAUAGUCGUAAUAUAAUCAUAGUAAUAAAGGUGGUUUACACAUACUUUUAUAUAAAACUUGUAAUCGGAAAAAACUCCAAAAAACUCCAAAAAACUCCUUCAGUUUAACAACACUGUGUGAACAUCAUAGAAUUUUAAAUGUGAAUGUUGUCAUUGAUAGUUUACAAAACAUUUUGCAGUUAAAGAAAACCACUUGGCACUUUGCCUUUGGAACAGCAAUAGAUCCUUACGCUUACCGUUUAUUCACUUUUCACCCAAUGGCCUCGUUUUCGUGUCAAAUACUUAUUCAUGUUUUGUGCUUAGUAGGUUUGAAAAUUACUUUGUUAUUGAGCCUAAGAACAGCAAGAAACAAAUUCGUCCAGGAAAACAUGGGAAUAUAAUCUUUAUCUGCACCUGACAUGCUAAAAUAAGUUAACAUGGAAACGAGGCUAUUGUGUAAGAGAGAAUAAUAGGUAAGGUCUAUUGACUAUUGUUUUGGUGUCUUAAGGUUUGCAUAAAUAGUUUUGUCUGGCAUCGCUGAAAAUUUCACAGAGUUGAAUGAAUUCCAAGACUUAUUCUCUCACUGUUUUUGGUGACAGAAUAUAGUGAGCUCAAGCAAGCCAAGUCACAAGUGUUUGUCAACACGGAUUUAAAAUUGGUAUAGAUGAACCAGGUGGAAAUCGUAAUCUUAAGAUAAAUAUUAAUGCCCAGCAUAAAAUACAUAAAAGAGCCAUAACAAAAAUGUAGUUUAAAAUAUUUAUUAGAAAGCUAACGUUUCGUCUUUAACUUAAGACAUCUUCAGAGCAAUGACAUACAAAGCGGAAAACACAGAAAUAUGAAUAAAUUACAACUAUUUACAAGAUAUUAUAUUACAAAAGUAGAAAGAGGAAUGGAUCAGAGUAGAAGUAUAGAGGGACCGAACUGCCUUGUAAGUUGAGAGAGGGUUUGAGUUUGUUAAUGAGAAGACUUUCUCGAAUGAGGAGUUCGUCUGGAGAAGAGCAACAAGAAAUAAUCUUAAAAUCAUUAAGGGACUGGUCAUAAAGUAACUGCUAGGGUGGGCUGGAGGUAAAUCACAAAUUUUGCCAAUAAGUUUGGUGACCCAUCUUAGGAUGUAGAUAAAAAUUUCAAAGUCCAUCUAAUCUUGCCAAAUUUAUUUCAUGACCCACCCACCCAAUCUACAGUAAAUAGGGAAAAUACAAUUUUAUGACAAAAAAACUUGCAGGUAUGAACAUUGUAAAUAUACACCGGCACUGUAUUGACAUACAUAAUUCCACCUAGCUUGACCAACACAUUCAUCACCAAUUACGAUACUGAGCUGCUCUCCAGUUGGUUGUAUUUGCUGUGAUUCGACCACUUCUUGUUGUUGUAUAAAACAAAGUACUGGCUUCAAUAGCAUCAUUUGCAUUUGAUAAUUUGACAUACCAAAAAAUUGGCGGUCCAUCGAAACUGCCCAAAGAUUUUCCAUGACCCAUCCCAAAUCACUCCAGCCCACCCUAGCAGUUACUUUAUGACCGUCCCUAAGAGAGGCGGAGUGACCAGUGCUAUCAAGAUGGGAAGGAUAUUAGACAUGGUCGGAUUGCUGCUUUUACUGCCUGUUAAACUACAUUUUUGUCAUGGCUCUUUUACCUAUUUUAUGCUGGGCAUUAAUAUUUAUCUUAAGAUUAAAAUUGGUAUAUCUAAUUUUGGCUGCGUUUUAUAUCAUAGCGCUCUGUAAGAAAGGAAAAAAACUUUUAUAAUCUUGAAUUUUGUCAGAUGUGUUGAAGACUACCACAAACUGAUACAAACACAGUGUUUAAUCCAGUCCCCCCCCCGGCAAUCUGACGAGCAACAAAAUUACUGCAACUUGCAACAAAAUCUGAUUUCAAUGCAUGUUAAUUGAAAAUGUUUACAUAUCAAUUACAAAUCACGAGGCAAGAUGUGUCGACAUUUCUACCUAACAUGCGUUGAAAUCAGAUUUUGUUGCAAGUUGCAGCAAUUUUAUUGCUCGUGUUACUCCAGCUUAAGGCUCGUUUAAACUUUAGGUGCGAUUUUCGUCUUCUGAUGGAUGUGAACGAGUGGAUAAGUUAUGAAUGUUCAGAUGAGGGUACAUGUACUCAGAACAUUCAUAACUCAUCUGCUCGUUCACAUCCAUCAGAAGGAGAAUAUCGCACUAGAAUUUGCAGCGAAAAUUGCAAGUGUAAACGGGACUUUAAAGCUCGCUGCUAACACGUUUGGAGUUGAUUGAACGCCAUGCAUGAAAUUUACAGUGAUGUUAGGCGGAUAUUCUGGGGAUGCGGUGGGUGAAUCUGCUGAAAAAGUAAAAUUUUAGUUAUUAAUGACUUUUUUAUGUAUAAUUUGUGCUCAACGACUGUAAAUGGAUAUUGCCCUCUUGUAAAUCUGCACGCCCUCUGUCUGACGAACCUGGAUCCGACCCUGAUCUUGUGGAAGCACUUACUACUUGAAACUAAUCACGCGGACAACGCCAUGGCAACAUUAUUAGUGUCCAUGGAAACGGCAACAUUAUUAGUGUCAUGUAUGGCAACAUUAUUAGUGUCCUUGACAGCAUUAUCAGUGUCCAUGGCAACGAUAUUGGUGUCCUUGACAACGUAGUCAUGACGAGAAACAUCCCGACAUCAGUCCUCGCAUAACAUAAGAUCUGGUCGCCAAGGUCUCCCCAAAUCAGGUCUCUCUACAUCAAUUUGUUACUAAUGCCUGUAUUCUAAAAGCUCACUCACACUCAAAGAGUCGAGGUUCAAUCUGAGCUUCUCUUGGGCUUCACUUGAGGGUGAAUAAUCACAUAGUAAGGUACGACACUAACUCUUCAGCUAUUCAAAAACAGCACUGACACUCAAGGGAAGCUUAGAUUGAACCUCCACUCUUUGAGUGUGAGUGAGCUGUUAGAAUACAGGCGUAAGUGUUCUCUUUGUGUAUAUACUUAUAGAUAACAUAAAAAACAAGUUUUUCUUGGCAUCUCACUCGAUUGAAUACUAAUAUAGUUGGAGGGUUUUGUGGAUGGAAAUUAUCAAGUGGAAACUCUAUAUACAUUUAUUAUUUAUUUAUUUAUUAAACUUUGCCAACACAAAACGUGCACACAAACAUGACAUCAUAACGGCAGAACAUGCACGUCACUGAAUCUAUAACAACGAAUGGCAGGAACACCACAACAGUAUAACCAAUUACUGUGGGCCCUGGUUAACAAUAUAACAAACUAUAACAUCGAAAUCUAUCAGUAAACACGAAGCUCUAGGAAGAUGUUCUGGUAGAUUAUGACAAUGAGAAAAGACGUAAUUGGCUUACAUAAACAAAAGGAACAUUGUUCUUGCUUCGUUCUUUAGAAAAUCCAUUCUAUAGCUUGUUCUUUUGUCAUUGUCAUAAUCAACCAAUCACAGAACAUCUUCCUAGAGCUUCGUGCCGACCCAAAUCUAUGAACAGUAUAAAUAGAAUAAAGAAUGUCGUAUAUUAGACUGAUAUAGAAUUUCCACUUGAUAAUUCCCAUCUACAGAACCCUCCAAUAUAAAAACAAUUGUUUACACCCAUUUUCAAAAUUACGCGACCUCCCUGAAAAAUACUCUUACUUCAAAUGUCAGUUUUAUGUCACAAAAACUGCUAAAAAUAGCAAACGUAAACAAACUGGCAAAAGACAUUUUAAAUCGUAUUUAAUACCAAAACUGAACAAAAAUGAGCUAGAUAACUUAGAUAUACAAACUAAAGCACUAUACAAACCAUCACAACAGAAAUAUGUGCCGUGAAUAACUUUUAAAGUUUGAAAAAUAACAAUUUAUCCUCGAAUUUAGCUGUCCGUAUAAAACACGCGCGCUAGACUAUAACGAUAUGUUAUGAUUUUGUGCUUAAAUUUUGCAAUAAUUCUCACUAAAAUAUCUUGAAAAUCAUUGUAAGCAUCUUUAUAUAAAGCAUAUAAAGCAUAUACAUCGACAAGGAACCGCAAACUCGAAGUUUAAACUUCGUGACCGAAUGACAUAAAACUGACAUGUCAACUCUAGCAUUUUCGUCCUUGGUCGCGUAAUUUUGAAAACGGGUGUAAUAUGGUUUAAAUAAAACGUUUGGUCACUGAGGUAUUUUAGCGCUUUAUAAGUUUUUAUCUUUGGCAAAUAUCCGGCAUGGUCGUCGAUGAGAUGAAGAAUUUGGUCGCAAUAGGUGUUCAAGACUUACACAUAGGGAAACACUUGGUGGUCAACUUUACAUAAGGCAUAUUACUUACUUUACUUAAGGCAUAUUGCCGCUUUAUGCCUUGUAUAAGCAAGUAAAUUUCGUUAAAUUGCAUAUAUUUAGUACCAAACACAAGAUCAAUACUUGUAAUGAAUAUUUAACUCUAUCCGAUAAAUGUGUUUCCAUUUCGAGUUGAUCACCGAGCUCUAAACCUAUCACGUGACCGAAACCCAGCUAUUGCUCAUUUCAACCGCUGAACAAGAAUACAGUUAAAAUAUACUCUUACAUAUAUCAUUUAAUUUGACCAUUCUACAUUUUUCAAAAUUUGACCAUUCUACAUUUUUCAAUAGUUAGUAUUCUGCCGCUACAUGUACAUUUAAGUGUUAAUUAUUUCUGUAUACAAGUUAAUACAGGAUAUAUUGUAUAAAAUAAGCAACUAAAAGUCUAAAAACUUCUGUUUUAUUUUAAGUAAGAGACUCGGAGCUUGAAAAAUUGCUUAUAGUGUUCAUGCGAUAUCUUUUUUUAUCGUUUUUGAACGGUAGAGUAGACCCUCUCAGAAGGACGUCACUUUGGCUACAGAGCCUCGUUUUCGCGAUUCAGAAGCUUGCAUUUAACUGAUCUCGCAUACGUAAAAACGAGGCUCCAUAGCCAAAUUGCGCACUUUCCAGGAAAGUGUAAUUUUUUCAAGCUCCGAGUCUCUGAAUGGACCAUUCCCCAAUUAACCAAAAUUUUGAUCUCAACAAGUCUAUAGACAAACUUCCAUCACAGCUUGAAAGAGCAUCACAAAAUUAGUAAUAUUCCAAAGGUUCAUUGCAAAAUGUUGUAAAAUGCGGAUAAUAUAUAUAGCCUUGCGAAGUUUGUAAUUUUUAGUCGUUUUAGAUUACGCAUAGAAGUGGUAACCAUUUCCAGUUUGUAAUCUAAAAUGACUGAAAAUUACAAACUUCGCAAGGCUAUAAUAUCCACAUUUUACAACAUUUUGCAACGAAACUUUGGAAUAUUACUAAUUUUGUGAUGCUCUUUCAAGCUGUGAUGAAAUUUUUGUCUAGACUUGUUGAGUUCAAAAUUUUGGUUAAAUUAAUUGGGGAAUGGUCUCGCAUUAUAUAGCCCGAUUCUCACAAUUCACCCUUUAGAUCCCUAUUAUGUGUUCAAAGUUCUACAUUCUACAAGAUUGCCAUAUAUAUAUAAAUCAUUUUAUUGCUGUAAUCUCAGGAAUAUAAGCUACAAAAAGUUCCUAAAACAAGUAAUAUGAAAAGUCCCACAGGUUUGACGGAGGUCGAUGAAUCAUGCUGUACUUGAAACAAUAUACCGGUACUUGUUCUUGCUUUCUCGUGUUGCAGAAUAUUUAUUGUUUCCUUUUUAGAUGCUUCUACUACGUUUGGUCGUUGUGUUUUAUCAUCAUCAGGUUCUUUAAUUGUCACUGUCACAAAACGGAACUGUUAUGAAAUUAGUCAGAACAGGUAUUUAUGUUAUUAUGUAUAUAUUAUACAAAUAAUGAAUGUUUUAUGAGUGCAAUGGUAUAAAGAAUAUUUUCAUGAGGUGAAAGAUGGAAUGUUCCAUAAUUAUUUCAAUCAACGCAUGCGUCCAAGAACAAAAAAAUUUCAAAAAAUUUUGGAUAGGUCAUACUCUAUUAAUACUAACAUACAUUUUGAAACGUUUCUGAAGGAAGUGGACGAUACUGAUUCUUUCUGUUAGGGGUAGGGUGGGGGUGAGAUUAUUGAAAAUUGGAGGGGUUCCUUGCCUCUUCUACCCCCUCCGCUCCCUAUGAAAAAUGAACUUACGACAUUCAAUAUGCAUGAUCAAAUACUUCUUCACGUUUUGCGGACAUUUCUCCACUUCUCCCAAGUUAGUAGUGUUGAUAGUUAAGGGAGCACACUUCUGUUUUCCAUCACAAAGUGGGCUGAUUAUGUCAUGGACGUCUUUCAUGCGACAGAUACGAGUGCUGUUUUCAUCCUUCACAUCAGGCUGGCACAUUAUGUCUUGAUCUCUUCCAUACUUGGCGGAAUCUACUCGGAUGCCAUGGUUAUCUUUGCAUUUUGCCAAUUGCGAAAUGUCAUAUCCAUCGCAGAACACUAGCGGUGGUUCACUUGCAUCUAGGGAAGAGAUAGUUUUCAGGUAGUGGCAUCCCUAUCAAUCCGAAGAUUUCUUCGUAUUUAAGCGGGCUUAAACAACCUUUGUUGUUAUAUACUGGCUCUACUGUUUCCAAACUUUUCUCUUCAUGUACAGUAUAGAUAGGUCUAGUAUAUUGUAAAACUGUCUGUACCAGUGUUGGUAGUACCAAUGUGAAAAUGCUGUGCUGAGUGGUUAUAUUACUACCUUAAAAAAUAAGCAUAAACUCGACGUUUCGAGCGAAGGCCCUUCGUCAAGAGUUAGUAGCUAGUAUAUUGGUCAAUCUUUUUAUUAUCUGCGCUAUGAGGUUAUGUUUCCAUCCGCAUUUGUCAGAUGUAUGUUUGUGUGUUUGUCAGUACGAAUAUCAAACGUAUUUUUUAAGAGGAGACUUUUUUGUACGUUACGUAACACGCGCUCAAAACUAAUAAAUGAGUGCAAAGGCUGAUUUCCACUGUUGCGUUUUUCAUACGUACGCAUAUAUAGGAGGUACGCACGUAAAACUUUAAAUCCGUUUAAAUGUUACUUAUUAAAUAAUCAAAUAAAUAAAACAACAGAAUUUAGUGUUCCUCAAAUCUUAGUAUAGUAACUUAUUUGUAAAAUAUUUAAAAAAUAGAAGGAUUCAAAGUUUUACGUGCAUGUACGUGCGUACGAAAAACGCAACAGUGGAAGUCAGCCUUUAUAUACCACUUGCUGUUAUGACUAUACAAUCAUCCAAAAUUUUUAUUUUUCGAUACGUUUCUCAAUCGGCAAACAAACUAUAAAAAGUAUGUUUAGUCCUUUUAUCUGUAAAAUAAUGCCAAAAUGAAGAGAUUUUAGAUGAUACGAGAAAAUUAUGUCUGGAGUUCAUCUAGUUUGGCUUAUAUUGCUGUAAAUAUGGCGUCACUUUUAAAACGUCAUUGAUAUAUAAUUGUAUUUUAAUUGACAAUUUUUUGCUAUCAUUUUAUGUUUCUCAACUGGCAAAUGCAUUCAAAAAGGUUGCUAACCGUAUAAACUAGAGAAUAAAGCUAAAACGAAGCAAUUUUGAGAGGAACGACCAAAAGAUUUUCGGUCUUGAACGCUUUGCAUCGCAAAUACGUGACAUAGAAAAAAAGCCUCUUAAUACCAAAAUUUGUGUGACUAAUGGACAUUGCCCAAGGACAAAGUGAUUAAAUUUUGGUUAACUUCGGUUGAAAAUUGGGUGAAAAAUUAGCAACAGUUUGUCAUUGGGCAGACUAAGCGGAAUGCGUAAUUAGCGCAUUGUGUAAUUUAUGCAUGAUACAGAAGUACAUAACUUAAUUCACUGACGGAGUCUGCAAGCGUUCUCUAGUUGAUCCUGUGUUACAACAGAAUGAAACAAUCUGAACUAUAAACAGCAUAAUCAUAUAUAGACUGGAUCUGUUCUAAACUAUUCUAACCAGAGGUCUAGUUAUGGUCAUUCUUUAUUGGAUCUAUUGAACUCUUUUGUUCAUGACUUCGUGGAAGAUCUAUCCUCAAAACCUUUAUUUAUACUAGAUUGCUCUAUAUAUUAGUUCUAAACUGUUCUCUUUGCAGUCCUAGAACCAAUAAGGCCAUCCUUUCUUGGUAAUUGGCAUUGUAUAACACUGUCGCGCAAGUUUUCAUCAAUUUGUUAACGCCCCUGCUUGCAGCUAUGCAAAGUUUUCAUUCGGCUGAAAUUCCGAAACAGAUGUGCCGAAACAAACCUUAACAUCAGAGGCAUCUCUUUGAUUUUCCGUUCCGGCCAUUCUUUAGUCGUGGGGUAUUAAAAUCACGAAACAUAAGCUAUCGAUAACACUAAGCAAAACAUGCGAUAUCUAUAAGUCCAUUAAAAGAUAACUAAAUCAACCGCGAAUAACCUCGUUGGAGUAUAAAAGUUUUAGUCUUUCACAAAACCUAAGGGAAAUUUCGUAAUUCUGUGAAGAUUAUUACCAAAAAUGCCAUCCAGUUACCUGUGGAAAAAACCAGAAGAGAAAAUACGAUGACAGCUACGCCGAAUCGUGCCAUGUUGAACCAGAGGGAAGCUUACUUGUCUUUGGCUUGUAUAACCAAGUGAAUAUCCUCUUUGUUGUGUUGACCAGCUUGUAUGAUGCGUGAACCGCAACAUCUGUCAAUUAUUUAUCGAUGGGCAGCCAUCCUGUCGUUCUAUACACUUGAUAUGCUAUUGUGUUAAACCAGAAUCUCCAGUUUACCCCGUUAUUAGACACGGUUUGGUCGGAAUCAAAUCAGCUUGGAAUCAAAUCGCGGUCAUUUUUGAGUGCUCUGUUGUCGCAAACAUGAUCUUUCCUGACUGAAUUUAUCAUCACCUUCCACCACACUUUUUCAUGUUUCACCUUAUGAGAAAAUUUUUUGACUACAAUAAAGAACGCAAUAAUUUGUUCCCUUUUUAUAUGAAUUUUGCCACCAUAUUACUGUAAAUUAAAAAGCAUUUCAUGCUAGUAUAUUUAGAACGAUUCUUUUUUUUAAAUUUUGUAUAAAUUUUUUUGUAUUAAUUUUUAAUUUUUAAUCAUAGUUUCAUUUCCAAAUGAAGUUAUCCUGUUUGGACAACUAUAAUGAAUCUUCUUGAAACACUGUUUAAGACUAAAAUUAGAAAAAAAGUAUUAAAGGAUAUUUCUCCAUUAAAUUUUUUAUAGGUUUAGUGUUAUUAGACCAAAUAAGUAAUUAAUUUUUAAUAGAAUAAUGAGGGUCUCAUUUCGAAAUUUUCCUGCUAAGUAAUUGCAAUAAACUCUGCACUGUUAAACUGUUAACCUUUAUAUAGUAAAAGACUGUGAUUUGCGAAAAUCCUGCAAGAAAAGCAUGCAGGCAUAUUUCAUGUAUGCGUCAGCCAUUAGGCUAUGUUUGUCCAUCGCGCUCUGCCGGCUCCUAUGUAAACUACAGUACAUAUGCCGGUUUCUUUGUCUAUUGAAUGCUUUUAUAAUAAAUAGUUUUUAAGACAGCUUUUUGUAAGGCAGAUGGUCUAUAGAGGUUAUUAUUCAAGAAGAAGUGAUGCAAGAAAAAAAGUUGACGCUUUCUCUCUUGUUCUGUCAUUUAACUUGUCAGUGAGCCUGCUCUGGUCAGCCGUAUCUUAUUGUAGAAUCGUCUGACAUAUGACCCGAUUACUCCGUCUAAUGCCAGACUCUUUUAAUUCUCUGUGGAAACUUUUUCGGGCAAGACGUUUUGAGACUGAUUUCAUCAUUUCAACACCUAUGACCAAACGAACUUUUAUUUUAAACAAAUUCUUCUUGGCGAGAUAUUUUCCUUUGAUCUUGGAUUUCUAUCUCACCACAUACGCCGUAACAUCAAAUAUUCAAAAGUCUAAAAUUGUGUGGUUUUCAUUCCGUCACCGCAAGUCAUUUACUCACUUGAAGUUUUUAAAUAAAUCACAAGUUUGCAUGAAAACAGACGAGAUUAGUCCCAGGGUAUAUUUAGGAUAUUUUAUUGCCUGUCGUAUAUCACACUUUCCUCUAUUAAAUCUCACUUUCAUUAAUAUGUCAUGAGGAAAUUAUCCAACUCAGGUCUAGGUGAAGUUUUGAAAGAAGUUCAAAUUCAGUACUAACUCCACAACGCUUUGAACAAAUUUAUAGUCCUGAGUAAUUAGACUAGGAUAGGAGAAUCAAAAUCCAGUCUAGAACUUGAUUAAACUUUAUCCAGUCUUAGAACUUGGUCGAAUUCCAUCCAGUCCUAGGACUUCAUCAUAGCUUGAUUUAUUCCUAGGACUUGAUCAAACUUCAUCCAGUCCUAGGACUUGAUCAAACUUCAUCCAGUCCUAAGACUUGAUCAAACUUCAUCCAGUCCUAAGUUGAUCAAACUUCAUCCAGUCCUAAGACUUGAUCAAACUUCAUCCAGUCCUAAGACUUGAUCAAACUUCAGGACUUGAUCAAACUUCAUCCAGACCUAAGACUUGAUCAAACUUCAUCCAGUCCUAAGACUUGAUCAAACUUCAUCCAGUCCUAGGACUUGAUCAAACUUCAUCCAGUCCUAAGACUUGAUCAAACUUCAUCCAGACCUAAGACUUGAACAAACUUCGUCCAGUCCUAAGACUUGAUCAAACUUCAUCUAGUCCUAAAGGCCAUAUUACACGGUACAAUUUUUCUUGCAACUUGCAAUGCAAUUCUACUCUUGAGAGUUGUUAAUUAGUGAAAUCAGUGAAGAAUUUUCGAUAUGUUGAGAAAACAUCAGCGGAGUGUAAUGAAGACUCGUAUUUGGCAAUUUUACAUUUCUCAAGAGUAGAAUUGCAUUGCAAGUUGCAAGAAAAAUUGCACCGUGUAACAUGGCCUUAAGACUUGAUCAAACUUCAUCCAGUCCUAGGACUUGAUCAAACUUCAUCCAGUCCUAGGACUUGAUCAAACUUCAUCCAGACCUAAGACUUGAUCAGACUUCAUCCAGUCCUAAGACUUGAUCAAAUUUUAUCCAGUCCUAAGACUUGAUCAAACUUCAUCCAGACCUAAGACUUGAUCAAACUUCAUCCAGUCCUAAGACUUGAUCAGACUUAUCAAGUCCUAGGACUUGAUCAAAACUCCACCAACUCUAAUGACUUAAUCAAACUUCAUCCAAUCCUAGGAUUUGAUCAAACUUCAUCUAGUCCUGGGACUUAGUCAAUCAGUCCUAAGACUUGACCAAAAAAUCUAACACUAUCAUAUUUUUACAUUGUUUGUAUAUAUAGAUAUGUAUAUAUAAUUUCAUAAUAUUUAUUAUUCUGACGAUUUAAAGUGGACCUUUCUUGUUGCCGUUCUCGAAGGAUUUUUAUCUAAAUUAUUCUCGUCCUUAGUCUUCGCCUCUCGAUAACCGCUCACACACAUGUGUGGUAGGGGUGAAAUAGGGAUUAAUGGGGGUGGAGGGGGAGGCAGUGGGGGUAAAUCAUCAUCACUCAGCUGUUUUUGAAGUUUAUGUUCGGUUUUCCUGCCAGAAUUGUGUGAGUUAGUUAUAUCUGCAGGAUAUUCAACUAGAGGUGACGUAUUGUUGCUAUAGUAACCAGAACUUGCCCUGCUGUCCGUAGGUGAUUUUUUAGAUAGUCUUUUGGGUACGUUUUGUGCUUGGCCAUUUUGAGCUUGGCUUUGGGUUUUAUUGUCGACUAGGACUUUAGGCCAAAGACUUGGACUAUUUUUGUUCUUUACAAAAGGUGGUGGUUUAUUUUGGUGUUGGAUAAUUGUGGGGUUGUGUGAAGGGGAGUUUUGUGAGGUUGGGGUAGGGUUGUGUGAUGCGGUGUUGUAUGUAUUGUGUAAGGGUGUUGUCUUUGCGGGACUAGAAGAGUCGAGACUCAGACUUCGUAGUGGUCUUGAACGAACUUUAAGCCUGGUUACUGCGCGAGGUGAUCCUUGAAGAUCUAAAAGAAAACAAGAUAACAAUUUGUUAAUAACAUCGCUUUUGAAGAGUAUUUGUCAGCUUUUAAUUGAUUUGAAUACAGGUUUUAUACAUGAACGUGCGGGUUAGAGCACGACAACUGAACUCAGUUGGUUCGAGCACUGCACCGGAAUCGCAGGGUCGCAGGUUCAAUUCCUGCCAGGGACCUAUACUUGCAUUUUUCACAACUGUUCCUGGUUAGAUCUAAAUAAAUGUAUAAAAUUCCAUCUACAAAAUCCUUCAACUCUGGUGAACCAUUCACGUUUAACUAACCUCACGCUUACUGGCUGAGCUAAUUGAAACCUUCAAAUUUAGAAACAUCGUGGGUUCCUUGUGAGGAUCAUGCUUAGAGGAAAACGAAGAUAACUGGUUACUAAUGGGUUGUUGCUUUCUUGCUUGUGAGUUAAAUAUACAGCACAAGUGGACACGAAUGCUGUGCAUAGCUUGUGAGACGUGAUGAUUUCGACAGUUGUAAAAAAUUAUUCAUAAGAGGUGAUUUUACAGAGAAAAUCGAGGAAAAAUGUAUGCAAAUCGGGAUAAUUUUGAACACGUGGAUACAACACCUCAUUAAACAUUGAUUUCGUUUGGAUUUUCUUCAUGAAUUAAUAGAGGUUCAGAUUUGACUUCCACAACCGCUACCAUCAAGGGACUAUCUGCCAAUCAGAUGCGUUUCAUAUAUUCGAUUAACCAAUCAGAUGCAUUUCAUAUAUUCGAUUAACCAAUCAGAUGCGUUACAUAUAUUCGAUUAACCAAUCAGAUGAGGACUAAGCCAGUGAGUGGUAGUGGAAAUCAAAUCUGAACCUCUAUAUUAAUGAGUUUAGUUUAAUAACCAUUACAAGAACCUACCGUGUUUGUCUUGCUGAUUGAACUCCUCACUAAAAAGACAGGGUGACGAAAGAGCUGUAAUAGAUAAGUUUUGCGUUGGACAUGCAUCGUCGCUGUAUAUGCCGAACUUUGACAGUAGCUUAUUGGAGGGAUUCCUAUAAUCAUUGGUCGACGAGCUUGGUUUUUCUUCGCUCAUGUGGUUACCAUUAUCUUCAGCAACUUCCGGUUUUGUUGUGGUACUCGCUUCAGGUGAUGUGUUACUCACUUCCGGUUUCUUUGUUCUUGUUGGUUCCGUGUGGAAGAUUUUCGGAUCGGGGACUGGGUGUGAGGGGAUUCCGACUGGUAUUGAAGUUAUGAAGUUCGCAUCAGAUUCGCCAACACUUCGUCUCUUGUUCGUGGGUACUCGUGAGGGAUCGAUGUUACUCGUGGAUUGUCCUGGGUUGGUGUCUGGUUGUUGGUUGUUGUUGAUGGUGUUGUUGUUGAUGUUGUCGCUAUUCCGUUGGCUACCACUAUCACUGUUACUGCUGUUUCUGUUACUGCUACCGUUACUAUCAGUGUUUAUAUCAUCACGAUGGUCUAUGUCAUCAUUUUCUGCAGCUGCACCCAAAUUCCAAGGUUCAGACCUACUUAGCCCUUCUCUCUCAUCCUGACCAGUGUCUAGCUCUGCCUCGCCACCUUGAGUUGUUAAACUCAUAUACUUCUCUUGCCAACCUCGCCAUAAUGGAUUAAUAUACAACGAUGUGUCUGCUUUCAACAGAUCCGACCACGAGCCCAUUCCUGGAAAACUUUUGCCUACAGGCCUGCCUGUACCUCUCUUUGCUUUUAAUUUUUCCACAGCGGCUUGACGUCUUUCUAAAUCGGGUGACUCUGGGAACUGCGAGCUUGUGUGAAUGGUAGGACUUUGUACUUCGUCCUCCUCUGAUUCCAGUUGACUCAGACUAAAGAGUUUCUUGUGUCUCGGGUUUCCCCUUAUUCCCAAGAUGAGGAAUGUUAUGGUGAUUAUGAAUAAGCCAAGGAGAAUACCAAUAAAGCACCACAUUAAUGCCAUCGGCGGGUCUUCAUUGGCGGCCUCUGAAAAAGAAACAACAUGUUUUUCAUUUAGUCCACUGAAGAUACGAACCUCGUGUCGUUCACAUCUGUGACUGCGGUUCGAUUCCAGCAAUAGGCUGUUGUCUCAUUAUAAACAAGCUUUCAUUGGUAGGAAUGCAACUACCUGAAAAAUAUAAGGAGAAUUUCGACGUUUCGAGCGAAGGCUCUUCGUCUGGAGGGUCUUCACUUGAAGGGCCUUCCUCCUCAUCUUGAAGGCCUUCGCUCGAAAAACGUCGAAAUUCUCCUUAUAUAUUUUUCAGGUAGUUGUAUCCCUACCAACGAAAGCUUGUUUAUAUUAUUGGCAGGCACCCUGGCAUAGAUAGUUCAAGAUGUAGUCAGUCUGAUUAUAAUUUCGCCACAGUUACACCUACGGGGAGUCGUUCCAAUUUGAUUCUACCGAACACAGGACAUCUAGGGUGAGCAAACUAUAGGUUUCCUCCUGUAGUAACACUCGACCAGUUAGGAUCCGACAUUGCUGAAACUCUGCGGAGAAUAGUUAAGGCAAGCUGAUAGAGCUAGCCUGCGUAGCUGGCAGGUUUAAAGGGUUGGGGUCGAGGCUCGCCUCCCUAAAUUUUCGCUGUCCGCGCCUCAACCCUUACGCAGGCUAUGAUAGAGAUGUCUUAGUACAUACAAUAAAAGUUAGGUUAUGUUUCUUCCUUUAGAAACACUGGACCCCUAAGGGACAGCCCUUACUGGGCAUUUGGGAAGAAAAGUUUAGAACUGAUAGAGCUGUCUAGUAUAAUAAUGUACUGUAAAUAGAGUUAGUUUAGGUUUCUACCAUUAGCUGGAUAUCCAGCAAGAACAGUUUAGAACUGAUAGAGCUGUCUAGUGUAUGUACUGUAAAUAGAGUUAGCCGUUUACGUUUCUACCAUUAGCUGGAUAUCCGUAGUAUAUGUACUGUAAAUAGAGUUAGUUUAAGUUUCUACCAUUAGCUGGAUAUCCAGGAAGAACAGUUUAGAACUGAUAGAGCUGUCUAGAGUAUGUACUGUAAAUAGAGUUAGUUUGCUAACCAUUGUAGGCAACGAAUAGUUCCAGCAACAGAAAGAAUGCUUUAUUUCUUCCACGUCUGUGUUGUGGUAGUAACGUACUAUUCUUUGAACUGUUCACCGAGAUAGUCGCUGUGAUCGCAAGACUCUGAGUUGAGACAGUCGUGGUUGGUUUGAUCGUCAUCUUGAUUGGUAUAUAUGUUGAGUUUGUGACAUUUUGCGACAUUGAUUGACCAAUGGUAGUGAGAAUUGGUGUGGGGUGUAUGAUGGUGUAAGUGGAAGAUGUUAUGUUAGUCCUGUUUAUGCAUGAUGAUAAUGUUGACCUCGGAUUUCUCGUGAUUCUUCGUCGACAGUCUGUAGAAGACAAAACAGAUACCAAAGUUAUCACGAUAAUAUUUCACGGUUUAAAAAUGGAUAACAUUCACCUGCAAUCGCUGUUGGCUCGAUCAGGGGCGUAGCCUUCCCCCUAAGGAGUGAGGAGGGGGUCUAAUCCGAUACACAGAACAACUAGGGAGUAUGGCCGUGUAGGGGUAUGGUCCCCCAGUGAAAACAUUUCUAGGGUCUCCGAAACACUAUUUCAUGCAUUUUAGACAUGUAUUAUGAUCGAAAACUUUAUUUAAACAAACCAAACACAAACUUUAUGAAAAAUAGCUUUUCAUACCGCGGAGCUGUAUCCUGGAAUAGUCUUCCAGCUGAAAUUGUCGAUGUAUACGACCAACUUUCCUUGUAUUUUUUUAAAACUUUAAUAAAUCAUCACUACAAGGACUUGGAGGGAAAUACAUCGACAACUUAAUUAACAUAAUUCUCUUUUGUAAGAAUUGUUGUGAAUAGUAGUGGCUUUUGUAUAUAUGUAUUCACAAAUGCCCCCUUGAAAAUCAGUUUUUCUUUACCGCUGAAGGGCUCCCUUUUUCAAAUAAUUUUAAAUAAUAAUAAUCUGAAGGCCACAGAUUUGGUAUAUUUUAUGUCAUAGAUGAAAGCAUUACGAGGUUCUUGUUUUCGGGCAUCUUGUAUAAUUUGCAGUGAUGAUGAAAAUCUAAUUGUUUUUCCGCUGAAAUAAAAUCUUUUCUUUUUCUUGUAGAUUUGGUUCAUUUGUGGAGGGGAAUCAUGGAGACAUACAAACAAGCGUAUAUUAACAUCACACGGUGUUGGUAAGUUUUAAAAUCUCCUUACUUGUAUAAUUCUAGUAGGAUAGUUUCGGAAUGCCUUGUUACUGAAGUACUGUAGGGUAUACUGGAUUUAUUAGAUUCAUCCAGUAUACACGACUUACAUAUUCAUACUUCGAUCCUCCCCCCCCCCCCCUUUCCUUAAGGGAAGAAGACAAGAAAAGGGGGGGAGACUUUUUUGUCGUAAUGGGGAGGUGUGUACGUGUUUACUGAUAAGAGGAUGGUUGGUUUAAAAAGGGGGAGAUGAGCAAAAACUGUCAUUUUUUGACUUCUUCUCUACCAGAACAUUUUUUUACUCUAAGCAAAGUUGGCUAUGGUUUAGGUAAUGACCUGUGAGUUUGCUUUCUCCAUAUUCGAUAUCUUCAGGGCGUAUGUCGUGUCUAGGCCGCGCGCGGUCCCUAUAACGUUGGCUACGUCAUUAAAAUAUACUCAUACUUACUACAGUUAAAUCUAACCCACAUGUAUUUAUACACGUGUGGACAAGGAUCAUGAAAGGUUACGUUAUUCACAUUGAAAACGCACGGUGAUUGAUCAGCACAGAUCUCCUCCACCUUCGCUGCCACAUCGAGCUCGCAUUUCACGGAUUUCGACCGCCCUGGGUUUUUAUUUCCUGGUCUAAGACAUAACUGUCUCUCGUCCAGUGUCCUGCCAAAUGUCGCGUGCGUUAUUUUCAUCAAAGGUUUUCCCCGUGGGCAUGAUAGAGUUAUGUUGUUCCCUUCGCAAGAUAUGUUGUAUCCUUUCUCUGCAAGAAUGCAAGCAAUAAAGGAAAUUUGAAAUCUGUAGACUGCAUUGACUGCAUGAUUUUUAUGCAGGCUUUUUUUCAGGGAUCUUUUAGGGCCGUUAAACGGCCCCAAAAACUCAAUCUUGAAUUGAGUUUUGAAACUCAAUCUUCUCACCAAAGUUUCAGUGCAGUAAAAUGAAGUUGAUUGAGCUAAAUUCGUGACGUGUGGAAAUUAGUUUUCAGUUGGAAAUCCGUCAAUUAAAAAAAAGUGGCUGGAAUUCAUCUCACAACACAAGAAAAACUAUGCAUUCGCCAUCUUUAACCAGUUUAUAGUCUCCCUUAGUGCCCCUGCUUUAACACAUUCCGUCUCAACUACAUUUAUUGAGUACAGGUGUCAGCCCCCGGUAGGGGGGGGGGCAGCCACCCCAACUGUUCAGCUAAACUCAAUCUUCUCUGCAAAAACGGACCCAAGAGAAAAUCCUGAAAAAAACCCUGUUAUGACGUCCCUAAUUCACAAAUUUAGAUUAAGUUUACAUGCUUAUUAAUCAGUAUUGGAAAAUGUCUGCUAUAGCACCACCAGCACCGCUCAGGCCAGGAAAUUUUUAAUAAAAUAUCUUGUCAUUGCCAUACAAUUUGCUUGUUGAUUUAAAGUUCCAAAUAUAUUUUUGGCAUGAAAUUGUCAUAUCUGGAAGGGUAUUACUACAAAACACUAUUUGAAACCUAGCUAUGCAGAAAGUCUUACAUUUGUUUUACAUGCUGAGAAAAAUGUUCUUUUUGGAUUUUGCUAUACCAGGGAGAAUUUUUUCUCUACGCCUGUUAUCAACAUACAUUUGGUUUACAUGCGGGAAAUUUUUCUUUUUGGAUUUUGCUAUCAGGGAGAAAAAAAACUUUCUAUGCCUGCUAUUAAUGGGGCGAGCAGGGAUGUGGUAAUCAUCCAUACUUGCAGUUGAGAGCACAACCUGAUAGAUUUAAAGGCUUACUAAGGCGUCUCAAGGCGUCUCAUGCUGCUUGUCUGGACCUGUAUGAGCCUAUUAUUUACAAUUGCUCUAAGUAUAGUUUACUAAUGGAGUAAACUGGCAUGAGAAAAACACACGAGACAGGCGUUAAACGGCCACAUCAUUUUACUGUAAGGUUAAGGAAUUUUCCAAAUAAUUUUCUAUUACUGUAAGUGUCGUACAAUGAAGCCAAGAAGUUAACAAGGAAUUUCUUAAUCUUCCUCAGGUAGUUUUGACACAAAAAUACACCUUUUUUUUGUGAAAAUACAAAGGUCCAUGAAGGUCAACUGAAUCCCUACGUUUGUAAGAUCAUUAAGCAUCUUCAAUUGACUUCAUGAAAUAUACAUGGCACCACUGGGGCAUUCAUGCCACCAACUGCGACUAUAAUUCCCUUUCCCGCAAAACCGCGCAACUGGCAAAAUUAAGCUAUUCUCUUAUUGUAAUAGUAAGUCCAUACUUUGUUGUUGUUGAUUGUCGCACAAACUUCAAAAGAGAAAAUAGGCAUAAUUUUUGUACUAUAUUUUACAUCCUUGAGAGUUAAUUAUACUGUUUUAAAACUUGUCGCAUGUGAUGUUUUGACGUUUAAAUUGUUCAGCAUUCAUGCUGGGAAGCAAUUAUUUCUGCUAACGAGAUAAGUGCAAAUAAUUUCAACUACAAAAUGCACCUGCUAGCAGUGGUUUCUAGCUAGAACACGACAGAGUUCGUAAAGCAUUUGAGUAGUUUUACAGUUUAAAAAAAUACAAGCAAAUAAAGCAAGACAGCAAAUGCCGCACAUGCUGACUUUUGUCAGAAUAUCUUUAAACAAAUCAAUUUCUGAAUAGUUGCAUGUAUAAACGAAGUUAUUUUAGUUUCAGAAAAACAAACUUGCGUCAGAAUAGAUUAAAGUAAACUAACUUUAUUUAUGCUGGAUAGUUCUACAGUAUCUCUUCGAAGCAGUUCUCGAAUUUUUCUCAGAUAAUUCCACCUUGAAUUAUCGACACCCCACACCACUUAUCUGUCAUACCCCAUGUGAAGAAGAAUGGACAUUCGUUGUCAUUUGCAAGUAGUAUAGCAUAGCAUGUAAAAGCAUGGCAAUUUAAACUAUGCAUGGCAAAUUAGCAGUAUAGUAUGGCACGUUAGAAUUAAAAUAUGCUAAAAUCGCCAUAAAUCUUCAAAUUCUCAAGUUACCGAAUAUUUUACAGUUCAGUGUUUCUAAUUCUCACACAUAGCUAUCUCAAUUAAGCCCGUUUUCCACAGUGGGCGAAUUUGUUUGCGCGAAGCGUCUUUUCCUUUAUCGGCAGCAUUUUUGCUGACGUGAUAAGCGACGCCGACAAAGUAGAAACUUACGGUGGCUCAGAAGGGCCAUCUCUCUCUCUUCUUUUUUCCAGCCGCGCUCUGAAUUAUCGCGCACUUUCAGUUAUACCGUCACUAUGCCGCGGGUUAAGGCGCCACUUAUCCCAUCAUGUGUUUACUCACAUGACCGAAAUGUUUAUCACAACCAAAAGAUCAUGACAUAUGUUUACAUAAUAUUGUUUGCAUUAUUAUCCACAGUAGAAGCAGUAUUCCCAAAGUAUAAUCCCGUAUUGGGUGCCUUAGAUACACCAAAUCGCGACGAGCUUGUUGAAAAGUACUUUCAUCUAGGACUAAAGGCUGUUGAAAUUUUUGGUUUCCUUGCCAAUGUCCAUGGUUUCACGUUGAGUCUUAGGCAGCUUGAAAGAAUUCUAAGAGCAAGAGGAUGCCGGAGAAUAAAAGCGGAGGAAGUUCAAGUUUACUUGGCUAUAGAGCACCCUUGGCUAUAUUAAGGCACCCAAUGCGGGAUUAUUCUUUGUGGGAUAAGUGGCGCCUUAACCCGAGGCUAAAGUGGCGCCUUAACCCGCGCCAUAACAUGCGGCAUAACUGAAAGUGCGCAGCUCAAAACUGGAAGUACGGCUGAUAAGUAGCGUGAUAAUUCAGAGCGAGGCUGGAAAAAAGAAGAGAGAGAUGGGCCUUCUGAGCCACCGUAUAGAAAUUCGCUUCCCGUGAAUUUGCGUAGUGGAAAACCUUUUUUUAAGUCACUUUCAAGCAACAAUAUACACGCGUCCAUUUAUUAUUUAUUGUAAUUUUGACAGCAUCAAUGGAUAUGCCAUUAGUACGAGACGUAAACACCACAGCAUGUACGUAUUAAUUUUUUUAAAUUGAAUUUUUGCUCGCUUUCAGCACGCAAAUCAAGAUGUUUACUUUAACAAUUAUCUGCAGGCUGCGUUGGCGUACAGCUUGUAAACGCACGGUGUAAUUUCAGAAAACUCAUUUGUAAAAUUGACCACGGGUCGUCGGAUUUGAUCAGGGGUCAGUUGUAUGAAGGUCGGAUAGGGCUAUCCAUCUGAUAGUGAUUUGUUGAACAGCCAUGUAAAGAUGUUGACCUCGCACUAAAUAAAAUGAGACCUUGAUUCAUAAAUAUACUAAAGUUUUAAUCGGAGUCAUAUACCGAUUAGCAGACAAUUUUAGAAAUUAAAAAAAAAUCUAGUGCAUGGAUAGUGCUAUACGGCCCAGAUGGGUUUAUUUGCUUGAAAAGAGCUCUAUCUAUAUUCAUUUAAAAAUGAACCGACUGUAUAUGUGAGGGGGGAGGGAGGAUCCGUUAUGUAUAACGCCUUGUACAUAUUGCACAUGGAAAGAGCGAAAUUGCCACGUUAUUUAUAAAAGAACAAACCCUGGUACAUCCAUGUUUUUCUUAUUGGGGAAGGUUGCUUGCUUUCAGUCCGAUUCUAUAUUUGGACAAUGCUUACUCACACCAGAGAGAGCCCUGGGAACGAGGUCGAGAAAUAGAUAUAGUGCUUGAUACCGUGAGUGCAUGAACCGCUGAGGCUAAAUAUACAUACGAAUUGGUAAAAAUGGUCUCAUUAUAUAGCUUUUUGUGGUGACUAUAUACGGAGUCGUACUAAUAUAUUGUGACCAACAUUCGUAGUUCGUAUCACAUCAGUGUAGGAAAUAUAUUCAAUCUUGAAAUAUCUGUGCCAGUGUGGAUAAAAAUAAUUUAACAGAGUUUAAUCUUGAACUGCCUAAAACUAAUCAUUUAUAUAACACAAGACGCAAAGAUGAUAUAUACCUCUGUAAGCCGAAGACAAACUGGGGAAAGCAAAAACUGCUUUACCAGGCUUGUAAAGAGAACAACGAUUUGGACUAUAAUACUAGAUCCAUUUAACAGUUAGGAACCUUUAGAAAUGAACUUCUCAAAUCUCUAUCUUUAUAAUACUCAUACAGUAUAUUUAAAAUAUAACUACUAACUCUUUGUAUCCUUGUAAAUAUGUAUAGCAUCAUGUAUACUAUAUAUGUAGUCUCAUAAUUUUUCUGGUAUAUCAUGCAUAUAUAUCCAUAUACCAAUAUAUAAUGAUUAUGUAAAUACUGCACGCAUACUAUAUAUAUAUUUUCUAUACUUUGUAUUAUAAUGUUUUGCAGGAACCAUCUGAAAAACCCUUCUUGUGAUGUUGGUUUCCUGAAUAAAUAUUAUUAUCAUUCAUUCAUUCGUUCAGUGCCUACAACAAGAAAACUUCAGAUUGAUAGGGAUACAACUACAUGAAAAAUACAAGGAGAACUUCGAUGUUUCAAGCGAUGACCCUUGGUACUAACUUUCCAACGAAGAGCCUUCGCUCGAAACGUCGAAGUUCUCCUUGUAUUUUUCAUGUAGUUGUAUCCCUAUCAAUGCGAAGCUUUCUUAGGAAAUAUAUAGUCCGUGUUACUUAUCCAACAUCACAAUGCUUAACUGAGCAAUGAGUUCUGUACAACGUUGGCACAACCCUCAAAUAGUGCACAUAUACUACUUCUGUACGAUCUAUUAAACUACGGUUAGAGGUAUAUCGUGCAUAUAUUCCAACCAUUUUUCAACACUUAUAAAUAGCAGCUGCCCAUUGUCUAAAUAUUUCAUAUAUUUUCCUAUUUUCCUACGCAAACGAUAUCAGAAAGCGAACUACACUUGCCAUGACAGACUGUAUACAUACAUUAAUGCCAGUGACUCACACGGUCAGUGAACUCAUUAGCGAUAUCGACUCUCAAGCGUCCGUCGGUUAAACGAGUUUUUUAUGACACACGGGGCAGGCAGUUGGUGUGGUUAUAAUGGAACCGCAGACACGCUAAACAAGCCCAAAAAGAGAUAUAAUUCACUCGAUAUAGACUGGGGUUUCAUUCUGGUCAAAUUGCGCAACUUUAUAGGUAUUAAUCCAAUUGUAUACACAACACUGGAAAAAUUUUGAAAAUCCAUAGAAGGUCAUAGAAUGGAAAUUGUAUGGAUCUUUAUUGGAAAUAGGAUGGAUUUUGAUUAUCCAUAAUAAUUGUAUAUUUCCAUACUUUGGAAAUAGUAUCGAUAUACUGUGGAUUUAGUGGUGCAAUUGCAAAUCUCAUAGUAUGGAUUUCACAAUUUUUUUCCCAGUGCAGUUCACUGGUUUUAACGACUUUUGAUACUCCAGUUACACACAGAGCCCACUGGUUCACUUUUACUAAUACCUACUCGUUCAAAUUUAUGCUCAGUAAAAACGAUAUUUCAGGUAUCAUAAAUAUCUCAAACGUGCGUUCCAGUGUGUAGGUCUUUAAUAAACCGCUGUGGUUUGUGUCUGAAAAGUUUCAAGCUGCGAAAGCCUUUCUUCAGAAAGUUAUUGUAGUACAUAAACCAUUUUCCGAACAAAAUCUCGGUUUGGUAGGAACACAACUAUACCUGAAAAAUACAAGAAGGAACUUCGAAUGAAGGCCCUUCGUCGCCUACGCCCAAACACUUAUCUCCUAUUCUUGUUUGUCUAAAAUAUCUGCGGCAAUUCACAUUUUGGGAUUAAGAUAACUAUGAAUAGAUAUUGGACAACUUAUCUGAUGUUUUGUAUAUUUGAACACCUGGCCCGCAUACGAACUGCACGCCGAAUAAGGCGCAAGUUUUCUCGCGCUGUUUUUGGAAGAUCGAGUAUUGUUAAGUAUUUUCAAGUUCUCAUAAUCUUACAGCCUUAUAGGAGUUCGAUGGGAUCUAUAGUCUUUAACCUGGGUGGUCUAAUAUAGCUAGUGUAUCUGCUAAUCUCUUGACUGAGGCUUUCGCUCGUACAGUGUUUUUCUCAGAAACAUCUAGCACACACCAUUGAACUAUAUUCAGAAGAACUUGUAUAAUGUAAAAGGUUGGGUUUUGUGGAUGGAAAUUGCGAGUGUGGAUUGUUAUAUAUUUAUUAUACCUAACCAGGAGUUGUGAAAAAUGCAAUUAUAGGCCUUGUGGCAGGAAUUGAACCAGCGCCCUGCGAUACCGGUGCAGUGCUCUAACCAACUGAUGGUGGCCAAAAUCCUGAUGGUGUAAAAAGGCUUUACUCCGGGAUAUUUUACUCUGUCUAACACCAGACUGUCAUUGGCAUGCAUGAUCCAGCCACACAAAAUCUUACUCGUCUGUAUUGAAUAGAUGAACGAUGAGGGAUGACGGACGGUGAUGACUUGGGCACAACCCACACAAUUAUACUUGUCAGCGGGCGAAUCCUUUGACGCCGGGAAAGUAAUUUUGUAAAGAGAACAAACCGCUUUACAAUAAUGACAAUAAUCACGCGAGGGCUUGGUUAUUUUAAUACUUCCAGUUCACAGUAAUUUGCUACUGGUUGUAACUGGUUGAUAUAAUUAUUUGGGUUUUGGUAUUUUUCUUUGCAUUCGUGUAAUUUUCUCAAAUGGGGUCACGUAAACACAACAUGACAGUUCAGGCUUUUAAGAAUCUCGAAAGUUAUCUUGCUGUGACGUUAGCGAUUUCAUGAAAGAUACUCAAUCAUUCAAACAUUUUGACGUAUUUUUUUAUUUGUCAUUUCACUUUACCAAUGAAUAUUUUUACUCAUUUGAAGAUAACGGUUUAUUUUAAUGAUAUCGAUGCUCCCAUGAGUCAAAACAAUUUUACCGCUUACAUCUUUGACUGUAUCUGAGAAACUCUGACACAACGCUAGACGUAUAUAAUCGAUUAAACUUUAUUUUUUACAACCUUUCCUCACGGUGAACGAAUGAAUGAAUGAAACGUUUACUUAAACGUGGUAACUUCAGCGCUCUAGUGUGCUGUUGUCAACGAAGGCCUAUGCAGCCAUCUUGUCAUGACGCUGACAAAACGGCAAUAUGCUUUGCGCGAUCACCUUGGUAAUACGAGGGCCAAAUCAGUUUAUAUUGUGCCAUUUAUACGCGUGUGGUCCAGUGUAGGUAAUAUUCUACAAUAACCUGCAGUGGUGUCUAAACUACUUGAGAAAAGAUUAAAUACAUUUUGACGUUUUUGAGCGAAACUCCUUCGUCGGGACCUUUGUCUUCAAUGCAUACGUGAUCCGUAUUAAAGUGGCUCCACUCCACCUGUAGUGAUUCCAUAUGUUUAGAUGACAGAUUUUGAAACUCUUUCAUUCUCAUCUUGAUUCUCGAGAGAUAUUUAAAGGCCGAUUUACCCGACUACACAACUUUUGCUUAAAACUGUCGCAUGCAACCUGCUUACAACUUGAGUUGUACUGUGUAAAUCAAGCACACAACUCACCUACGACAACUUGGGCGAGAUAUGUGCUUAGUUUACACAGACCUCAAGCUGUAAGCAGGUUGCAUGCGACAGUUUUAGCCAAAAAAUUGUGUAGUGUAAAUUGGCCUUUACCCCUUCAGCACUCAACUUCAUACAAAUUUAUGCUCAAUGACACCUUAUUCAAAUCUGUGGUUCAUUGAAGCAAACAAAUUAUAUAUCUUUAGUAAUACUAUUGCCCGAGUAACAAUAUAUGACUCGUGCCAGGUCGAAGUCGAGAUUCAAGAUACCUUUCAAUAUAAACAACUUUACUCUCUAGAAACACUCAACCCCUUUCAAAAACCAGAAUUUUUUUGAAACAGUCAAAAUUUCGGCGUCGUAUGUACUCGGCCCCUACGGGCUAAAAGGUUUAAGAUAAAAAACAAAACUUAAGAACAACUAAGAUAUUAUCAGUGAAAUUUUUCUGUCGUCCAAACUCAAAAAAAUUCCGGACACCUUAUGUCAUUUUCAAUGGGUUAUAUAUACGUACGGAAGUAUACGCAUCUUUUUCACAUUUCGGUUUUCUUACCUGCGUCCCCGCAAUCAAGUUCGCUGUUCGGGUUAAUAGCCACACGACAUUGCAGAGUCAUCCACAAGACAAGCAGAAUCUAUACAACAUAAAUUAUGUCGCGUUAACAAGCUCAGUUGAAGCAACAUACUAUCUAGUUUAGCCGCACUUCAUUCCAAGUUACAUGAAAUGUUCACAAGUCAAACUUGAAAUUUGUUAAACGUUGAUAUAUUCGACGGUUUACUUGAAACAGACAGUAUCAUACCUUGCAUAUCCAAGCCGAGGACAUUUUCAUGGCAUUGGUAUUGCCAGCAUACAUCAUAUAUCCGGAAGUAUCAAGUCUCAGCACCACCAAAUCGCUUCGUAGUAAACUUUGGCUAAAGAUAUCGAAAGGAGUGCAUAUGCAAACUACUGUGUGUGCAAGCCAUAUCAGCCAGCCACGCUCCGUCGCUCGAAACAGCUUAUCGGCUUAUUAAUGUUAAUUUAUAUUACUCUCAAUUUUCAAGUGCUUCCCGUUAUGCUUGCAAUUACAAAAUACGAAUACAUUAACAUGUUUAGUAGAUCUUCGACUUGAAAACUCGACAACUGAUUAUGACAACUUAAAUUCGUGUUCAAUGCCCGCUAACAGCAUGUAAAGUUAAUGAAAAAUAACUUUGAUUUUGUAAACAGAAGCAGCAAAUGCCUAUUUCACCCCCUGUGCCGGGCUUUUCAAAUUAACUUUGUCUUGUGUGUUCUUAAAUACAUUUUAAAAUAAAUGCGGCAAAUAGACUCGCCUUGCCGUCAGUAAUGCCAUUGAUUGUUAUAGUCUUUGUAAAAACGACACUAAUCCGAAAUAUUUUAAAACACUGUCCGCUCUCCCACUGCUUUGCUAACAAAGCUGAAUUAUCGCAAUGUCGCAAAAUAUUGUGUGUCUGAACAUUGUAUACACGUUGCUUGGUUUAGGUGCAAAUGUUUUCAUUAAAAUAGAGGUCACAGCAGCGACGAUAUUUAAUAAGGUGUUGGCAUACAUCAUAUAAACUCCCAUCACAUUUGAUUGAUUGAUUGAUUGAUUGAUUCAUGGUGAUUGAUUGAUGUUUGAUGAAGAAUUUCCCUCUGAUCUUAAAAUUAUACUGGAUACAAUCUCGAGUAUACUGGAUCGGGUUUCCUCUUCAAUGCAGAUGUGAGUUUCCAAAAUUACCCUGCUUAGUUUUACAGGGAAAAAAUAAAAUGUGAAGGAGAGAGCAAAUUAAUUUCAACUUAUUUUGGUUUAUUAAAGGGAAAAACAGUUUAUCGGCAAAAGCAGUUUAGUUGAAUAAACAUUUCAAAAAUUUUUUACGAAGCGCUUCAGAUACAAUUUUACGCUAUCUGUUCAGGUCGGGUUUCAUCCUGUAAUGCCCAAGGAUACUGAAUACAUUUCAAUUUAGCAUUUCUCGCAAAACUCUUUGCUCCUACAUUUUCAUUCAUUCAAUGAGGCCGGGAUGCCCGCGCCGAAGCCUCGGGGAAAGGAUACUUUAGACCAACUGUAGUCUUUAGCGUAGCCGAAAUGUAAGCUUAUAGUGUUGAGGCUCGGGGAGGCUAUAAAAUAGAUUACGAUGAGGGAGGCUACUUGAGCAACUAAGAUCACAUUUCCUGUGCUUUCUGAUAUAAGUUUUAGGUAAAUAUCGCAUUGAACAACCAGCCCCACUGCUACUGUUUGCCUCUGUUAGCCCUGCGGUUCCAGCUACCCUGCAUACCAAAGAUUUUUGACCACAAAAUUAUGUUAAAACUACAAUUCGGCUGUAUCAUUGUAUUUGGGUGUAGGUACUGACAACAAGAUUUUCUGUAAAAUGCUAUUUAAACCUAGUUUUGGGUCUUUAAAACUGGACCUACAAUCCUUUCCCUGGAUGCAGACCAUCUAUCUUCUUCAAAGGAAUGACAGUCGAAAAUUUCGUACUCAGCGACCUGCGAGUUGUUUAUUGUAAGAAUUAAUUGGACUCCUCUGGUUGUCCUUUGACUGACUAUUUCGCAAUUGCAGUCUCCUUUCAAAGUUGAAGCCAGCGGGCGUACCUUGGUGUUAAUGACCUCCGCACAUGUCUUUGAAAGUCAAACACUGUUGCAAUUGUUUUCUAAUUACCUAGUAAAUACCUCAUAUAUAUGUGGCAUUCAUUUAUGCAAAAAUGGUUCGAGCUUACUUGUAUGAGUUGAAAAGCACGGAAGAUAUAAUGCCUUUAGCGCAUUGCCUCCCACUGCUGAGAAAGGUAUGCGGUUACAUCAUACCGGGAUAGAUAAUAACCAUACAGGGCAACCUUAAAGCGUUAUAAUUAGCUGCCAUGGUUUUUGUGUGAACUACCUGAAUAUAACACUUUGAUCAGUCUUUGACGUUUCGAGCGUUAGGAGAUUAGUCUAACACGAAGUUAAACACUGAUUCAAACCUGGUCAUUGUAUAAAUGUCAUUAAAAUUUAAAAAAAAUGGUCAUCACACGUUAAUAUUAUUAGGCUAUAAUAUACUUCAUUUCUGAAUUCUGAUCGCUAUGGUACCCUGAAGGAAUAAUAUAUUUUGAUAAUUAGUCUAAUGCAUGCACUGUAUUCUGACUUAUACUCUCUUUUGUAUCUGUCGUUUCUACCUUGCCAUUUCAUUUUGAAACUGCACAUUCAGGGGCGGCGUGGCUCUCCAAAAAGAGCCGGGAAAUGACACUUUAGGGAAGCGCAUCGAGCAUCUGCAGCACCAGCGGCUCCCGAUAUCUUAUUGAGCCACGUCGCCCCUGGCACAGUCUACAUUGUUGUACUUGGUGACUCACAAACAGCAUGUACCAGCAUAUCUAAAUAUUGUAAUAACUCGUCCCCAGUCUUCUGAAGCAUGUUAUCCAAUGUGAGGACAUUACUUGAUAUCUUUCUGAGACCGACCAAGUUUGUUCGUCUACCAAAUCCAACGGCAACUAUGUUCACUCCAAACAGCUAAAAGAAAGUAAAUUUUUACCAUUUUAUCCAGAAAAACAUAAUGGCCACUUGAUCAUGUAGACUUUUGAACGAACUCUUGGAAACUACCUCUUCGAGUUAGCUUAGCAAGUAAAAAAAUUUCAAGUCCCCUCUGAGUACGAUUCUUAAAUAUACCAUUCAAUGAUAGGGUGUUUGUAGAUCUAUCUAAUAUAAUUACAAUUAGCUUAGUUUAGUUUAGUUUGCCAGGUGAUCUCGUGUUCGUAUUUUAGCCAAUCAGCGCUCAGAAAAGGUUGUCCGAAUAGAAAUCCAUUUUCAUGUAUUCAGUCCGAAUUAUAUCUUUCGUUAUUCUUUAUGAAACUAGUUGAAAUUUUGUAAUUAUGUUUGGUUAUGAGAACUAUAGCUCUGACAAAAAUAUGGAAUCGAAAUAAACUAUAUUACAGGAGAUAUUCAGUUGUUUUAAUCAUAAAAUGGAUUUCUAUUUGACAACUAGUGCCAGUACUUUUCCGCGUAUCAAGAUCAUCUGGUGGUUUGGUGUAGUUUAGUUUAGUUUGUAUCCAACUGACUUUAACUAACCAAAACCUAAUACAAACCUAAUAUCUUAAACGAAGUUUUAAGUAUAGUGGUGCAAUGCUGUUGAAUAGUUUUCCUUCUGAGGCGAAAAAGGCAUCUUCGCUUUACCAAUUUAAACGCAGUAUGUCCACUAUACCAGAGACUUGAAGACGUGAGUUAAAAUAGUUUGUAUAAGUAUAACACGCUUCAUCUGAAAAUCAACACAUUGUAUUUUACAACUAUGUUGUGUAUGGCCAGCGUGACUAAAUAAAUCUGUAAGUAAGUAACUAUGGAAACGGGAAGAGUUAGGCUACACAUCUAUACCUGUAGUUUCAAAGACGGUAACUCCAAUUUUUGCUCUCCUCCAUAGGUGUAUCCAUCCGUCACGAUAAUCAAUAUCUUC